UGUUCCCUAAUACAGGGUUAUAAUAAUAAUAAUAAUAUUAAUUUGUGAUUAUUUAUUGAUUAAUAUAGGUUGUAGGAUCACCUAUAUAUCGAUAGUUUGGUUGGUCGAAAAUGGUGGCUAUAUCAGAUAACCUGCAUGGGUUUCUGUUGGCGAUGUUUUCAAGUGUGUUCAUUGGUUCCAGUUUCAUCAUUAAGAAAAUUGGGCUCAAGCACGCCAGGGUUGGUGGCACCAGAGCAAGUCAGUCACUUACUCCAGUUUUGAUUCAUAUAAUUAACUAACUAACUAACGAAUUAUAUAUGAUUGAAUUUUUUUAAUUAUUACAUUAGGCGAAGGAGGGUUCUCCUAUUUGAGGGAGCCAUGGUGGUGGGCUGGGAUGAUCACCAGUAAGUAAUUAAUAAAGUGAUUAAUGAAUGAGUGAAGGAAUAAUAUUAAUCAAUGAGUUACUUACUGCAGUGGCGGCGGGAGAGGCGGCGAACUUUGCCGCGUACGCAUACGCUCCGGCCAUUCUCGUAACUCCAAUGGGAGCGCUGAGUAUCAUAUUCAGCGCGGUGCUGGCACACUUUGUUCUGAACGAGAGUCUACACAUGUUCGGGAUCGUCGGGUGCGCCCAGUGCCUGGUGGGCUCCCUCACCAUUCUCCUCAACGCCCCUAAAGAAGGCGAUAUAGAGUCCGUCAAGCAGGUCUGGCACUACGCCCUCGCACCCGGCUUUCUGAUAUACGCCUUCCUAGUCGCUGGCCUCGUCGUCCUUCUCAUAUGGGUAUUCGUUCCGCGCUACGGCCAAACCCACAUGCUCGUCUACAUCGGGAUCUGCUCUCUCCUCGGCUCCCUCACUGUUAUGUGCGUCAAAGCGGUCGCCAUUGCCGUCAAGCUUACCAUGUCCGGAUCCAAUCAGUUCGUCUACUUUCAGACCUGGUUCUUCACUCUUUGCGUCAUUUCCUUUUGCGUCUUGCAGAUGAUUUAUUUGAAUAAGGUGAUGUGAUUCAUUUAUCAUCAUUCAUCCAUUCCAUUCCAUUCUCAUCC